AUGCUAACGGCGUUUGCAAUCUAUGCUUUGUGUGCGAGCAUUGCUGGCGGAACGUCUCCGCAAAAACCCUACGAAAAUCCCAUCAUUCGCGGCUUCAGUCCUGAUCCGUCAUGCAUCCGCGUCGGCGAUAGAUUCUUCUGCGUCAACAGCUCCUUCAAUGCGUUUCCCGGCAUCCCCGUGUAUACAUCCAGAGAUCUUGUGCAAUGGGAGCAGAUAGGGAACGUGCUGGCGAGAGAAGAGCAACUUCCCGAGCUUGGCCAAGAGUUUGGUUUCACCAGUGGUAUCUGGGCGAAUACCAUACGCCAUCAUAACGGUACUUUCUAUGUGACGACCACGCUCGUUUGGGACAAGCUCUCCCAAACCGAUCCGACUCGCUGGGACAACCUGCUCUUCAAAACCGACGAUAUCUUUGCCAGCGACGGAAACGGGUGGAGCAACGCGGUUCACAUCAACCCCAGUUUCGAAGGAUACGACAUGUCCCUCUUUUGGGAUGACGACGGGAAGACGUACAUACAAGGAUCCCACGCCUAUCACGUCCAGCCGGGAAUUUGGCAGUAUGAGAUUGACCUUGACACAGGAACGAUAUCGAAUGAGGAAGUCUUAUGGACCGGGACGGGUGGGCUGGCUCCAGAAGGGCCGCAUAUCUACAAAAAGGACGGUUUCUACUACUUGAUGAUCGCAGAAGGUGGGACUGGUUUAGGCCAUAUGGAGACAAUGGCGCGGUCGAACGGGAGCAUCCACGGCCCAUACGUGCCUUACGUGAACAAUCCGGUUCUCACCAACGCAAACACAUCUGAAUACUUGCAAACACUCGGUCAUGCGGACAUAUUCGACGACAUCGAUGGCCACUUCUGGGCGGUCGCGCUGGCUACGAGGAACGGUUCGGUCGAUUUCCCGAUGGGAAGGGAAACGGUGCUUGUUCCGGUGGUUUGGGAAGAAGGACAAUUCCCCGUUUUCGAUCCUGCCAACCCCCGCCGGGCGAUGAUUCAUAUGGAAGGUCCGCUGCCGCCCGCAAAAGCCGUGAAUGGUGGCGUCUUCGUCGGUCAAGACCAGUCUAUCGACCUCACCAGGACCACCGCGCUGCCUCGGCAGCUGGUGUACCUGCGCUACCCCGACAUGAGCAAAUUUGUGCUGUCGAAAGAGGGUCUUUGUCUGUACGGGUCAUCCGCCAACCUCACCGGGCCGGACGGGAUCUCAGGCACCUCGACCUUCGUCGGCAGACGACAGGAGCACGUGGAGUUCAUGGCGGAGGCCGACCUUGAUCUCGAUGCGUCGCAGUGGGACAUCGAUCAAGAGGCAGGAGUCACCGUGUUCCUGCAGCAGCUCCAGCAUUUCGACCUUGGAGUAGUCCGCUUGGACGCAAACUCGACCUCCACAAACGGUCUCAGUGCAGAGCCGGGGUUUUACGUUCGCUUGAAGGCGCAGACGCUGUUGGUGACGAAUGACGGCAUGUCCGAUCCGCUAUCUUCGCCCGGGAUGCAGCGCCUGCCACACUCGCAGAGCAGCUUAACGCUGCGAAUUCAGGCCGUGAACGAGACCAAAUACGAGUUCUCUUACGCGACACGGUCCAGCGGAGAGUUCAAGACCAUUGGCUUUGGCGACGCCAGCGAGGUCAGUGGCGGGUUCACGGGGACUAUUAUUGGCAUGUACGCCACAGGAGACGGCAAGAACUCGACGAGUCCUGCGUGCUUUACUAGGUUUGACUACCGCAAAGCUGUAUAG